AUGAGAACAUCCGCUGUUCUCGCGGGUCUUGCAGCAGGCGCAAACGCAUUUGUGUUGCCUGGCCAAUACUCGUUCCAAAUUUUCCCUGUUGAAGCUCUGGAUGCUGGGGCGAGUCUGUGGCCACAUUUGCCUUAUUUCUUGAAACAUCCAGUCGAUCCUAUCAAGUUUCAGGACGAUGUACAGCUCGACGAGCUCAAUUCGACCGCGUGGGACCUUUUUGACGUUGCUGGAACGUCUAAUUCGUCGUAUGGCCAUCCAACGCGUGUUAUAGGGUCACCGGGUCACUGGAACACACUCAAGUACAUCUACAAGCAAUUCGACGAGCUCAGAGACUAUUACGACGUGUACAGUCAAACGUUCAAAGCCCUGAGCGGUGAAGUGCUAUCCUACAAUCUUUCGUUCCAAAACGGGUCUCAGGUGCCUACAGCUGAGGCUUUUAGUCUGUCGCCUCCUGUUGAGCCCUUCACGGGUCCACUAGUCGAGAUUCCCAACUUGGGCUGCUCCGAACGCGAUUUUGAAGCUGUCACGGUGCCCAAAAACGCAAUCGCUUUAAUCGAAAGAGGUGAGUGCCCGUUUGGCAAGAAGUCCAAACUCGCGGGUAAAUUCGGUUUCAAAGCCGUUGUCGUGUUCGACAAUGACCCACACUCCGAAAAGGGUGUCACAGGAACCCUGUCCAAACCAACCAAGCAUACCGUUUCCACCAUUGGAGUUUCUUACACAGUUGGUCAAAGGCUGAUUGCGGAUAUCUUGCUUCACAAAUUGAUCAACAAACCUUUUCAAUUGGAAUUCUACAUGGACUCCUAUGUCAAGGAAAUUAAGACUCAGAACAUUAUUGCUGACACCAAGCACGGUGACCCCGAGAACAUCGUGGCUCUAGGUGCUCAUACCGACUCAGUCGCUGCGGGCCCCGGUAUCAACGACGAUGGUUCGGGAACUAUUUCUUUGCUUACAGUGGCCAAACACUUGUCGAAGUACAAGAUUAACAACAAAGUCCGUUUCGCGUUCUGGUCUGCAGAGGAAGAGGGCUUGUUGGGAUCAACUUACUACGUCGAACAAUUGUCUCCUGAAGAAAACUCCAAAAUCAGACUUUUUAUGGACUACGACAUGAUGGCCUCUCCAAAUUACCAGUAUCAAGUUUACGAUGCUAACAACAAGGUGAACCCUAACGGCUCUGAAGAGUUGAAGAAUCUCUACAUCGACUACUACAAGAGCCACAACCUCAGCUACACCAUGAUUCCUUUCGACGGAAGAUCCGACUACGUUGCUUUUAUCGAAAAUGGUAUUCCAGGCGGCGGAAUUGCUACAGGCGCCGAGGGUCUUAACACUGACAAUGGUAAGGUUUUGGACCACUGCUAUCAUGAACGUUGUGAUGACGUCUCGAAUAUUGCGUGGGAUGCCUUCCUCGUGAACACCAAGCUCAUUGCUUAUUCGGUCGCGACGUUUGCGCACUCUCUGGAGGACUUCCCCGCGAGAACGAACUCUACACUCUCCAUGACAGGUUCAACUCAAAACUCAAACUUUGAUUAUAGAGGUCCUCAAUUGGUCUUGUAA